CUACAACUCCCAGCAUUCCUCCGUCUUAGCCACUGGUUUCCGGCCUGACGGGAGAUGUAGUUCUAAAUCGCUGAAGGUUGUCCGGCUUCAAUUUCCCCCAUGUGACCCGUUCCUGGACUUUUGGCAGAACUUAAUAAAAUGACUUGAGGAGCAUGCUUCCUGUUUCCAUUUAGAUUGUAAGCCUCUAGGUCCAGAGUUUCUUUCCAGUAUCGGUUUAAAUAAGCAUCUUAAUGUUAAAAGAAUGAGAAGGCUCACGCUGUCUUCAUGGCGGACUGGUUUCCAUCGCUACUAAAUCGGAUAUAAACAUCCAGAAAGAUGUCUGCCCUGUUACCUCAUUCCACUUCAAAAUGUCUGUGCUUGUGGAGACACAAGAUUUGUGCCCAGCAGAGGCAUCUGGCAUCUCAGAACUGGUUUGGUGCCACGCUGUUUGGUCUCCAUCAUUUGCUGAAAACUGUGAAUGUUCUCAGUUCGAGGCAAUUUAGUUCUCAGAAGGAAAAACUUGACAUGACUGAAUAUGCUGUUGAAAAUAUAAGAAAUUUUAGCAUAAUAGCCCAUGUUGACCAUGGCAAAAGUACUCUUGCUGACAGACUGCUCGAAAUUACAGGGCGGAUUCCAAAAACAGAUUCAAAUAGACAAGUUUUGGACAAGCUCCAGGUGGAGCGAGAGAGAGGAAUUACUGUGAAGGCACAGACUGCGUCUCUUUUUUAUAAUUUUGAUGGAAAAAAGUAUCUCUUAAACCUGAUAGACACGCCGGGUCAUGUGGAUUUCAGCUAUGAAGUAUCUAGGUCCCUCUCGGCUUGUCAAGGCGUCUUGCUUGUGGUUGAUGCCAAUGAGGGUAUUCAAGCACAGACAGUGGCAAACUUCUUCCUAGCCUUUGAAGCACAGCUUUCAAUUAUUCCCGUCAUAAACAAGAUCGAUUUGAAGAAUGCAGACCCAGAAAGAGUAGAAAAGCAAAUUGAAAAGAUGUUUGACAUUCCAAGAAGUGACUGUGUAAGGAUCUCUGCAAAAUUCGGAACAAACGUGGAGCGGGUUCUGCAAGAGGUUAUUACCAAAAUUCCCCCGCCCAAGACGGAGAGAAUCAGCCCCCUCAAAGCUUUAUUGUUUGACUCCACCUUUGACCACUACAGAGGAGUUGUGGCUAACAUUGCGCUGUUUGGAGGGGAGGUAACCAGGGGCCACAGGAUUGUCUCUGCACACACAGGGAAGAGUUACGAAGUCAAUGAAGUUGGCAUCCUGACUCCGGAAGAAUUGCCAGCAGAUAAGUUAUACGCCGGGCAGGUGGGAUACCUGAUUGCCGGGAUGAAAGAAGUGAAAGAAGCACAAAUAGGCGACACGCUGUAUCUGCAGAAACAGCCGGUGAAACCCAUGCCUGGAUUCAAAUCUGCCAAGCCCAUGGUGUUUGCUGGCAUGUUUCCAGUUGACCAGUCGGAGUACAAUAAUUUGAAAAGUGCUUUAGAGAAACUGACAUUAAAUGACUCUAGUGUCACAGUUCAUCGGGACAGCAGUGCAGCGCUCGGAGCUGGGUGGAGGCUGGGAUUCCUUGGGUUGUUGCACCUGGAAGUUUUCAACCAGCGUUUGGAGCAGGAAUACAAUGCGUCGGUAAUAAUGACUUCACCUACUGUUCCAUACAAGGCCAUCCUUUCAUCUCACAAAUUGAUAAAGGAGUACGGAGAAAAGGAAAUCACCAUAGUAAACCCAGCAGAAUUCCCAGAUAAGUCUCAGGUAUUGGAAUAUCUAGAACCAAUGGUGUUGGGAACAAUCAUUUCCCCCGACGAAUUCAUGAGCAAGAUCCUGUCCCUGUGUCAGUCUCGAAGAGGAAUUCAGAAAAGCCUGGUGUAUAUCGAUGAUCACAGAAUCAUGCUCAAAUAUCUUUUCCCCUUGAAUGAAAUUGUGGUUGAUUUUUAUGAUGGACUUAAGUCUAUGUCAUCUGGAUAUGCAAGCUUCGACUAUGAAGACGCAGGUUACCAGUCCGCCGACCUAGUGAAAAUGGAUAUUCUGCUAAACGGGCGCCCCGUGGAAGAGCUGGUCACUAUUGCUCACAGGGAAAAGGCUUAUCCAGUUGGAAAGGCAAUAUGUGAAAGGCUCCGGGAGUCCAUCCCCAGGCAGUUAUUUGAAAUAGCCAUUCAAGCUGCUAUUGGUAGCAAAGUCCUAGCGAGAGAAACAGUUAAAGCCUACAGAAAGAAUGUCCUGGCAAAAUGUUAUGGAGGUGAUAUUACAAGAAAAAUGAAGCUGCUGAAGAGGCAAGCCGAGGGAAAGAAAAAAAUGAGAAAAAUUGGCAACGUGGAAGUGCCCAAAGAUGCCUUUAUCAGUGUGUUAAAAAGGACACCAGACAAGUGACGGUGCAACACACUCUCCCCAUCAGCUUCUGAUUCUGACACUGCCAUGUGGACUGAAACAAACACAACCAGAAUAUCAAUAAGCACUUAUUUAUCACAUGCCUCCUUUGUAAAUCUGGCCCUGAAUUGAGCAGCAGGAAGGAAAGGAGAAUAAAUAAUUGCAUCCUGGAAUGAGAAGCAUCUUCAGAGCAGUUCUAGAAUGAUGUUGUUUUAAUAGGCCGACUGCACUGUACAGUAUCUGUAAAAAGGUUACUUUAUCAUGUCAAUGUUCUAAUAUUUAGAUACAAAAUUA